UUGGACCCUUUCUAUGCCUCCAUCAUCCUGUUUGUGGGGAGAGCAUGGGAUGCCAUCACAGACCCCAUGGUGGGCUUCUUCAUCAGCAAAACAUCCUGGACGCGCUUUGGCCGCCUGAUGCCCUGGAUCAUCUUCUCCACCCCGUUCGCUGUCAUCUCCUACUUCCUCAUCUGGUUUGUGCCGGACAUCUCCAGAGGCCAAGUGAUGUGGUACCUCAUCUUCUACUGCAUCUUCCAGACCCUUGUGACGUGUUUCCACGUGCCCUACUCGGCGCUGACCAUGUUCAUCAGCAGGGAGCAGAGCGAGCGGGACUCGGCCACUGCCUACCGUAUGACAGUGGAAGUGCUGGGCACUGUGCUGGGCACUGCCAUCCAGGGCCAGAUCGUGGGCAAGGUGGUUCCUCCCUGCAUCGAGAGCCCUCUCUUUAUCGGCAAACCCAACUCCUCGGUGGCCAUGGAGGACGUGAACAUGACCCGUGACACUGGGUCGCUCACAGACACGAGAAAUGCCUACAUGAUCGCUGCGGGGGUCAUCGGGGGACUCUACAUCCUCUGCGCUGUGAUCCUGUCGGUGGGCGUGCGGGAGAAGAGAGAGUCCUCUGAGCUCCAGUCGGACAAGCCUGGCUCCUUCUUCCAGGGGCUGAAGCUGGUGAUGAACCACAGUGCCUACAUCAAGCUCAUCGCCGGCUUCCUCUUCACCUCGCUGGCCUUCAUGCUGCUGGAGGGCAACUUCGCCCUCUUCUGCACCUACACCCUGGGCUUCCGCAACGAGUUCCAGAACAUCCUCCUGGCCAUCAUGCUCUCAGCCACCUUGACCAUUCCCCUCUGGCAGUGGUUCCUUACCCGCUUUGGGAAGAAGACUGCUGUCUACGUGGGCAUCUCGUCUGCCAUCCCCUUCCUCAUCCUGGUGGCUGUCCUGGACAGUAACCUCAUCGUCACCUACAUCGUGGCCAUUGCAGCUGGGAUCAGCGUCGCAGCCGCCUUCCUCCUGCCCUGGUCCAUGCUCCCAGAUGUCAUAGACGACUUCAAGCUGCAGCACCCUGACUCCCAUGGCCAUGAAGCCAUCUUCUUCUCCUUCUAUGUCUUCUUUACCAAGUUCACCUCUGGGGUUUCCCUGGGCAUCUCCACACUCAGCUUAGACUUUGCUGGGUACCAAACCCGGGGCUGCUCCCAGCCCAGCGAGGUACACUUCACCCUGAAGAUGCUGGUGUCAGCCGUGCCGGUGGGGCUGAUCCUGCUGGGUCUGCUCCUGUUCAAGCUGUACCCCAUUGAUGAGGAGAAACGGAGGAAAAACAAGAAAGCCCUGCAGGACUUAAGGGAGGAGAGCAACAGCAGCUCGGAGUCGGACAACACAGAACUGGCCAGCAUCGUGUGA